GGGCCAAGGUGCAGAGCUCUCUGCAGGCCUCGGGCUGAGGACGGACGUGCUGGCCAAUAGACAUGGCCCAGUUUUCCGAGGUCUUGGCUGAAAUCGGCGGCUUCGGUCGCUUUCAGGUGCAGCUGCUGCUGCUGCUGACUGUCCCCAACUUCCUGUCCGCCUUCUAUUUUUUUGGCCAGAUCUUCAUCACCCUGGAGGAGCCCCACCACUGCUCGGUGCCCUGGGUCAAGAACCUCACCUUCAACCUGAGUGCUGCCGAGCGGCUGAACCUGAGCGUGCCCCUGGAUGCCGCGGGCAACCCCGAGCCCUGCCGCAUGUUCCGGCCGCCCCCCGACGGCGCCAGCCUGGAGGACAUCCUCAGCCACCGCUCCAACGAGACACAGCCUUGUGAGGCGGGCUGGGAGUAUCCUGAGAACAGGCCCCUGUCCCUGAAGAAUGAGUUCAACUUGGUUUGUGAUCAGAAGCACCUGAAGGAGACCUCACAGUCAGUGUACAUGGCCGGGCUCCUCAUUGGUGCGCUCAUCUUUGGGCCCCUCUGCGACUGGAUUGGCCGCAAAGCCAGCAUCCUGAUCCAGCUGCUGCUCUUCGCCAUCAUCGGCCUGGCCACAGCGUUUGUGCCCACCUUUGAGCUCUACAUGGUCAUGCGCUUUGCGGUGGCUACUGCCGUCUCUGGCUAUGCCUUGACCAACGUCACCCUGCUUGCAGAGUGGGUGGGGCCCUCGCGGAGGACCCAGGCCGUGGUCCUGGCCCAGUGCAGCUUCUCCGUGGGCCAGAUGGCCCUGGCGGGGCUCGCCUACGGCGUCCGCAACUGGCGGCUCUUUCAGAUCGCCGGCGCCGCGCCCGUCUUGCUGCUCUUCUUCUACUUCUGGGCUCUGCCGGAAUCUGCCCGCUGGCUCCUGGCCCGGGGGAGGGUCGAGGAGGCCAAACGAGCCAUCCAGAAGGCGGCCGCCGUCAAUGGGCGGACACUCUCCCCGGAGCUGCUGAGCCAGCUGGCCCCCGAGAAGGCAGGCCCCUCGGGGAAUGCGCUGGACCUGUUCAGACACCCCCAGCUCCGGAAGGUGACCCUGAUUCUCUUCUGCGUCUGGUUCGUGGACAGCCUGGGGUACUUUGGCCUGAGCCUCCAAGUGGGGGACUUUGGCCUGGACAUCUACCUGACGCAGCUGAUCUUCGGAGCCGUGGAGGUGCCUGCCCGCUACUCCAGCAUCUUCAUGAUGCAGUGGUUCGGCCGCAGGUGGAGCCAGAUGGGGACGCUGGUUCUGGGAGGCCUCAUGUGUAUCAGCAUCAUCUUCGUCCCCUCAGACCUGCCCGUCGUGGGCACCGGGCUGGCCAUCGUGGGGAAGUUUGCCACGGCGGCUGGAUUCACCAUCUCCUACGUCUACUCUGCUGAGCUCUUCCCCACCAUCAUCAGGCAGACGGGCAUGGGGCUGGUGGCCAUCUUCUCAAGGAUCGCGGGCAUCCUCACGCCCCUGGUGAUGCUGCUGGGUGACUACCACGAGGCCCUCCCGAUGGUCAUCUACGGCAGCCUCCCCAUUGGGGCAGGCUUACUCUGCGCGCUGCUGCCCGAGACACGAGGCCAGGCCAUGAAGGACACCAUCCAGGACCUGGACCGGGACCCCGCACCGCGGACUAAGAAGUCAGCGCCCGCAGAAAAUGGAACGGGGGCCUCAGGAAGGACUCCCGGCCCAGGGGAGGCCUCUGUGAGCAGCACAUCCUUCUGAUCCCAUUCCUUGGACACUGCGGGGCCUGCGAGCAAGACUGGCUUUGCUGAUGGAGACAACACACCAGGACCCGACUCCAGCACCAGCUCCCACUGCCACACCCACUCCUAGGGCCUCUCUCCUUCCAUCACCUUUCUUAGCCCUUGCGCCCCACCCCCAACACCCUCUUCUGGGCCAGGGUCUUAGUUGUGACUUGUCCUCCGAUAGUCUUGUGGAGGGUAUAGCUCGCCGGACCCCCUCCAUCUCUAAGGCGCCUAGAGGUGGUAGGUGCUGGGCCAGUUUUCCUCUUUGUAAAGCCAGCAUGGAGGCGUCCAGCAAGCCUGGGUGGUUGUCACUCACAGGUCUCAGCUGUGGAGUGACAGGCUGUUCUGUUCGCUUCCUGCUUGGUACCUUCAUGGAAUCAGUCCCAAGCCAAAGCCUUCCUUGGGGACACUGAGCGGUCCUUCUUGGCACAGCCUGCCAUCCAGGCUGAAACUGCCACGGUGAGAAAUAAAAACCUGAGAGGAGCCGGGACAGGCCGACGCAAAGCAGAAGGCAGUUCUCAGCUCCACGAUGCAGACCCUUGCAUCCUUUCCGGGCACAGCAACCGUUCCUGGAAGAGUCUUACGUGGGCCCUCUCCGGACACAAGCAACAUGCAAAACUCACCUAUAGCCUCUAGACAGCUCUUCGAAGACUCGUUUCUUUAGGGGUUGUGGGCCCCGGGGUGAAAGGUGUUCUUCCCGUGGCUUCCUCUGGUCCAUGGGAAGAUGCUCGUCUGUGGGCGCUUGCUGGUGUGAGAUCAGCAGCUGAGAACCCAGGGAAGACAUGCAGCCUGACGUGGACUCGACCCCAAGGAGCCGUGGGCGGCCUGGGCUGGGUUGUUCUCCCUCGGUUGGUGAGCCCAGAACAGCCCAGAUUUGGGGCCGCGCUAGCAGUGGGCCCACUAUGCAUGCUCUGGCCAGCUUUGUGGAGGCUAGUGCAGGGGUCCCAUCUCAGGCUUGGUGCAGGAGCCCUCCUACGCUAGGCCUCGGGCUUCCUGUUUUCAAAUGAUUUUAUAGGUCCCUUCACACAAAUCGACAAGGACUCAUCUAGGCAGCCCUGGCUGGUGUGAAAGGCAGAGGGCUUCACAGUCUGCCCCCAGGACCCACAGAGAUAGGAAAGGAGGGCCACCCUCCACCCUCCGGACACUGCCAGGCCCUGGGCUGGACUGAGUCCUCACACGUGGCCCUGACUCAGCCACCCUGGAUGGUGCCUCACUCACUGCCCACUCACCCGCUCAUCUGUCAGGGAGGGGUUAGCGCCCCAGUUUCCUUGGCUUCUGCCCAGAAGGAGCCCUCUGGCUCCCAGGCUCAGUGCCCACCCUCCUCAGAGAGACCCCUGAGAUUGACCCCUGAGCUGUGCAUCUUGUGUUUCCUGUGUCACUGUCCAAGGCUAAGGGCACCCGCACUUCCCCUGCCACCUCCUCUACUUUGACACCGUCCCCACCAAGUCCAACCCACUGAUCUGGCCUUACAUUCGCCCAGUGCCAUAGAUGGGUGGCUUUCAACAGUAACUUAUUUCCUCAUAGUUCUGGAGGCUGGAAGUCCAAGGUCAGGGCGUCAGCAGGUUCAGGUUCUGGCAAGGGCCCUCUUCUUGGCUUGCAGGCAGCCACCUUCUCAUGGUGCUCUGUCUGUCCCCUAUGUGUGGAUGGAGGGUGAGGAUCUCCCUCUUUCCUAGAAAGCCACUACGCUCAGCAGGAAGGCCCCCUUCAUGACCUCAUCCAACCCAAAUUCCCUCCCCAAGGCCCAUCUUUACCUAUCACUGGGGUUUAGGGCUUCACCAUAGAAAUGGGAGAGAGGGGGGAGGACACACUGUCUAUAACACCAUCCACUGGGCCCUGUGGCCUGUAGACCUUGUUCUGCCUCCCCACUCUGUCCUCAGAUGUGAGGAUGUCAGCCAUCCUUUUUGUUUCUGUAGAGAGACACCAUUUCUUUCUGUUGCCAACAUCCUGUACUUUUUCCCUUUUGCCCUUUAGUUGUGCCCCAAUUUGCAAAACCACAGCAGCAAAAGAGCCCAAACAUCUGCCUCUUCUGUCCCUGCACCCCAGGCUGCUGGGCACUGCUGAUGAGGGUCACGUGCCCGCCAAGUCUUUUUGGUGAACAAGCAGUCAUCAGCCUCAACUGGGCCUUUCACUGUGCCCAGCUUUCCCACCAGCUUUUUCUAGUCAGCUUGUUUUCCAACUCUCACCAGUGGCUCUUUUCUCUCUCUGUCUCUCUCUCACACACACACACACUCACUGGAGGCCUGAUGCACGAAAUCCAUGCAGGAGUAGGCCUUCCUUCCCCUGGUUUCCCUCCGGCACCUGGAGCCAGGCUUCCCUCGCAGCCCAGCUACGUUUGGAAGGUCGUUCGAAAGAACGUCCUGAAGGCCAUCCAGUCAAAUCAGGAUAUUAUACAUAUACUUUUUUAUUCUCUAAAGUUUUACAUGUUCUACCUUUCCCCCCAGCCAUUCCCACCCCGGGCACGCCCCCACCACCCCAGUGUUUGUGUCCAUUGAUUAUGCUAAUAUGCAUGCACACAAGUCCUUUGUUAGCUCUCUAACACCCUCUCUCCUACAUUUUGUCUCUGGGUCUAUUCUUAUUCAUCGAUUUAUCCUUAUUCCUCAAAUUAUGUUCAUCAUUACACUUCUAUUACACACACACACACACACA